AUGGCCAUGCAUUAUCAAGGUUUCGAAGUUCAAAUUUUCGAGAAAAUACACAAAUUUUUGCGGUUAGGUGAUUCUCUAGGACUGGGCGAGAACGCGCUCCGGUUAUUGGAGAGAUGGGGUUUGCAUGACAAUCUGGUUGCUAUUGGCAAUAAAUCAGAGUUUAUGCAAAUUCGACACUGGAAGAGUGGUGAGAUUAUGGCACAGCAGCCGCUUAUGGAUAUGGCUGGAUAUAUCGGACACCGCGGAGACUAUCAUCAAGCAUUUCUUGAUAGAGUUGCGGAGCUGGGAAUCCCAAUUCAUAUGGGAUGCAAUGUUGUAUCUUAUGACGAGUUUCAGCCAUCAAUUACUCUGGAAAACGGCGAAGUUCAUAAAGCUGAUGUCAUUAUUGCCGCUGACGGCAUCAAGUCGCUUGCUCGUGAGCUAGUCUUAGGCUUUCAAGACAAGCCGAAGUCGUCGGGUUACGCAUGCUAUAGAGCGUACUUCAAGGGCGAAUUCCUCAAGGAAGAUCCCCUCUGCCGCGAAUUUGUUGAGAAAGAGUGUGUGAAUAUUUGGAUUGGACAUGAUGUCCACAUGGUCCAGAACACCCUGCGGGAUGGCGAAGAGUUCAACUGGAUUCUAACCCACAAGGAUACCACAGACAUCGAAGAAUCAUGGUUUCAGCCAGGAGACAUGGAUGAUGUCAAGAAGAUUAUUGAAAACCUCGACCCACGGAUAGCGGCUGCCGUCAAAAAGACGAAGGAAUGUUUAGACUGGAAAAUAUGCUAUCGCGAUCCUAUCCCAUCGUGGAUCAGCAAGAGUCACAAAGUCGCUCUUCUUGGAGAUUCCUGCCAUCCUCAUUUACCGACCAGCGCCCAAGGAGCAUCUCAGGCAACAGAGAGUGGUGCAGUGCUGGCACUGUGUUUGAAGUUGGCAGGCAAAGAUAAUGUUCCACUUGCUACAAGAGUGUAUGAGAAGCUACGAUUCGAUAGAGUGCGCAAAUGUCAGUUGAAUGGAGAGGACGUUCGCGAUAGGUGGCAUAGCGCACUCAAAACCGUCGAAGCUGGCGAAAAGCUUGAUCCCGAGGAAGUGAUGAUUAGAAACCGCUGGUUGUAUCCAUUUGAUGCUGAAGCAGACACAUUGCAGAGGUGGAAUGAGGUUUCGGCUGUCGUUGAAAAGGAAUUGAGGGAGAACAAGAUCACUCCAUUGUUCAACGUGAUGCCUGUACAAGCAUAG